CCUCACAGUUGCUGUCUUCUAGAUACAGCACCAGGACCUCGAGCAUCGCUGUUCCUCAUCUGAGCUGCUGCCAGAGCAGGAUUCGGUCUGAUCGCAACUAGCGUAAUCACGACGUCAGACCCAAAAUAUUCUUCGAACUUCAAGAUGGUCAUCUCGUUUCUUCUUUGCAAAAGUUCCACAAUUGGGAGCAGCCACAUUCCACCAGAAACAUGACGGAACAGCAUUUGCCGCUACAGAGCAUACGGAACUUCCGGGAUGUUGGCGAAUUCGUCAACAACGCUACGGGCACAGAACGCUUGAAAACUGGCCUACUUUUUCGUAGCGCACGGCCCGACGAUGCCUCGUUCCAGGAUAGACAACGGCUGGUGAAAGACUAUGGCAUGAAAGCAAUCAUGGACCUGCGAACGAAAACAGAGCACAUCGAGCAGGCUCAGAAGCGAGAUGCAAGAGUCAAAUCAUCCGCAGCAGCUCCUCAGUCUAACGACGAAGCCGCUGAGCCAUUAAAGAUACCCAAUAUCGCUUAUUAUGAGAUCAACAUCAAUGGCUCUGCCUUCUCGCGGAUGUUGCUUUCCAAACUAACUUGGCCUGAGUUCUUCCGGCUUGUUGGAUUGAUGAUUAUUGGGCACCGCCUUGAUGCCAUCAAAAUCUUGAGCCCCCAUAUGGAGGCAAUGGGUCUUGAUGGACUCGCCAAAAGCUCGCUAGACGUCUCCACGCGCGAGGUGAAGCAGGCCUUCGAUGUGUUGGCCAGCGAAGGAAAUUGGCCGGUCAUGGUUCACUGCACCCAGGGCAAAGAUAGAACCGGGCUCAUCAUAAUGCUGGUAUUGUUUCUGCUCGACGUGGACAACGAGGUCAUCGAGAAGGAUUAUUUGCUAUCGGAGAGCGAACUGGCGCCAGAGAAGGAGGAGAGAAUGAAGGAGAUUCAAUCCAUUGGCCUGACGGAGCAAUUUGCUGUCUGUCCUCCCGGCCUAGUGCAGAGCGUGUACUUGCACAUCCAAGAGAAGUAUGGGAACGUCGAGAAAUAUUUGGAGAAAGCUGGCAUUAGCAAGGAGACCAUAGAGGGUAUCAAGUCGAAGCUACUAGCCGACACUUUGUGAACCUCUUAUUCCUGAAAUUAUGAAGCAUGGGUCUGAGCAUAGACACCUCACAAUUCAGUUGAAGUCAAGCUCCACU